GCGAAGUAUAUGGCAGGGUGGAGCCAUAGCUAGUUUACUUGAUGCCUGAUCAAGGGAAUUGGCGUUUUUUAUGCGGUUUGUGUUUUUUUAUCAUUAACAGACAUUUAGGUUUUAACUUUUAGGUAGCUAAAACCAAAGCCUCAGGUUCGCUUUUUACUGCACUCCCCAUCCCCGACCAACUACCCACGCAAUAGCAGUCACCCGGAUGUAAGCGUAGGGCGGAGCCGAACGAGACGGACCACUUGGCGCAGGCUCAGAAAAGCCGUGACUCCACCUCUCCCCCAACACGUGGUAAGGUCAGGAGGGCUAGGAACAGGCUUUGCGCCGAAGGCCUCGCCUUUCCCCGUUUGCCACGUGACCAGGGCGUAACUGGUAACACGGCUGGGCGCGUAGCGCGUAGGCGCUCUCUCUCCCCUCCCCUGCACGUGACGAGGCACCAGGGCCCAUCACGUGAGGCAGGCGGAGAGCGGGCGGGGCCGGGUUCGGCGGCGUUCGGCGAGAACCAGAGACUGCAGACUGGGCGGGACUCAACAGGGUCGAACAGUCAUGCCCAAGUACUGCCGGGCUCCGAACUGCUCCAACACUGCGGGCCGACUGGGCGCUGACAACCUCCCUGUGAGCUUCUACAAAUGGUGGUGUCCCCCACUCUCUAUCACCCCUGAGUCUGCCCUUUUGACAAAGAGAGAGAGGGCCUCGGAGCCCGCAGCAGAUGAAGGUGCUGACAGCUGCCACAGGACAGACUGGCCAGAACUCAAUUAUGUGGCCACCCCUGGCUGUCAUGAGAUCAGGGAUUGGCUGCGGCACAUGGGCCAUGAGGACUGGGUGCCCAGCUGCCACCAGCACCUGUGCAGUGAGCACUUCCCACCGUCCUGCGUCCAGUGGAGCUGGGGUGUGCGCUACCUGUGGGCUGAUGCAGUGCUGUCCAUUUUCUCCCCGGCGCCCCCUGCUAAGAGGCAGCAGAGUUCCCGAAGCACUGAGAAGGCAGGCGUGCCUCCCUCCCCACCGGAGGCCACGCCCCUAUCCCCAGGACCAGCUGUGUGGCCCCUGGGCCCCCGUCACAUUGUGGUACUGGGGUCAGCAUCCGGAGGCCCUGAGGCCACGACCGCCGUGUUCCUGACCCCCCCUGCCCCCUGCUCCUCGGGCCCACAGCCUGGAGUCCAGGCCCAGCAACCCCUGGCCAGGCUGGGCACAGUACUGGGAGCGCUGCAGCGGCGGCGGGUGCGGAGACUGCAGGGGCGCCAGGAGCAGCCCCAGGGGCAGCUGUGGGCUAUAGAGCAGCUGGGGCAGCAGGUGUGCAAGGAGGGCCUGCCACCCAGGGGCACCGGGGCAUGCUGUGCCUGGUGA